AUGGACGCCCAGCCGGCCGCGGCUGAACUCAAGCAUCAUUAUCAAACAAACCUGUGGACGCGUCUACCCGCCGAACCUGCGAUAUCGAAGACGACCUCGAUUUACGCUCCAGAGUCUGUCAUUGCAUACUUGCCCUCUCAUCUCGAGCUCUUGCCGAUUCUGCUCCCGCAACACUUGAGCAUCUCUCAGGAUAAGCUGCAGUACUAUAACAGGCUUGUUUCUUCCAGCCGAGGAGGCGGUAGUUGUCUGACUACCUUACAAUCGCCGACUGCGAUUUCGUUGACGCAAUCUCAGCCUGUCGCGCGGUCGAAAUCAUCUUCCAAGGUGUCGACCAAGGACGGCUUGCACGGGAAGCUCAGCGUCCUGAGCUGUCAUGGGAAUAGGCCAGUCAAGCACACAGAAAACGCCGAACGCGUGCUUAUAACGUCCGCAAAGGAAAUGUCAGUCAAGAUGUCGGGAAAGAAACAACCAGAUCAGAAUGGUCUGCACGGCCUACCCGCCCGACCGCCGCUCCCAACCGACCAGAUGAAUCAUCUUCCAGCUACGGUAACCAGCUCAGUACCAUCUACACCUCAUCAACAUGCUAGGAAAUUCUCGUUCGAGUCCCGUGAUCCAUCCCCUGGCGCCACACAGAACCAUUCGCCCCGUUCUGCAUAUUCGGAGACAAAUGGUAACGUGCCAUCACUUCGGCCACUGCCUCCCAGGUUAGGGGGCUGUCGCUUCGAGACCGCCAUUCCAUUCUCUAGACGACGAAUGCCAUACAGUAUCGGAGCGGAUAGACUGGAUCCGGUUGAUCCAGACAAGAUUAAGAGCAGGCUAUCAGAGGACCAUGAGGCGAAACUCACAACAACCCUGCGCGAACUAUAUGACAGUCUAAUACCAACCCCAGAGGUGGAGCGCAAGAGGAAAAAGCUGGUACAAAAGCUGGAGAAGAUACUAAACGAUGAGUGGCCUGGACACGAUAUUCAAGUACACCUUUUCGGGUCUUCAGGCAAUCUGCUAUGUUCUGACGACUCUGACGUGGAUAUUUGCAUCACAACUCCAUGGAAAGAAUUGGAGAGCGUCUGCAUGAUCGCUGAGUUACUCCAUAAACAUGGCAUGGAGAAGGUCGUUUGUGUCUCGUCAGCAAAGGUACCAAUUGUCAAGAUAUGGGAUCCCGAGCUCCAACUAGCAUGUGAUAUGAAUGUCAACAAUACACUGGCACUGGAGAAUACCAGGAUGGUGCGUACGUACGUCGAAAUUGACGAACGCGUGCGGCCUUUGGCCAUGAUCAUCAAGUAUUGGACAAGGAGGAGGAUAAUUAAUGAUGCAGCAUUUGGUGGCACAUUAAGUUCUUAUACAUGGAUAUGCUUGACUAUUGCAUUUCUACAAUUACGGCACCCUCCAGUUCUCCCAGCACUUCACCAAGAAAACAGCCUCAAGCUUCUUAGGCCAGAUGGGACAAAGAGCGAUUUUGCUGAUGACAUCGACAAGUUGCGCGGAUUUGGGGACAAGAACAAGGACAGCUUAGCGGCUCUUCUUUUCAACUUCUUCCGUUUCUACGCGCACGAGUUUGACUACGACAAGUAUGCAUUGUCAAUACGCACCGGCAAGCUCCUGAGUAAAGUUGAGAAACGCUGGCAUAUUGGUGUUAACAAUAUGCUCUGCGUGGAGGAGCCAUUCAACACCAUGCGCAAUCUUGGGAAUACAGCCGACGACACGUCUUUCCGGGGUCUCCACAUGGAGCUACGUCGGGCAUUUGAACUGAUUGCCAACGGCAAAUUCGAGGAAUGCUGUGAGCAAUAUGUAUUCCCCAAGGAGGAGGAAAGGACUAUCUUCCAGAAACCGGCCAGUACAUCUAGGCCAAUUUUGGUUAGAAGCUCUUCGCAGACGCACUCAAGUCGAAACCCACGGAAUGGCGGCUUUCGAAACGCACGACAAUACAAUCGGAACGGAAACGCCGGUCGCCGGGGCUCAUCGAGUGUGACACACGAUCCCAAUUCAACCUAUGUGCCGGCCGGAAUUCCAGGGCAGAUGGCUGCACCUGAGUUCCUGCAGUGGUAUCACCAGCACGGGAUACCUCCCGAAGUUUACGCAUCCCAGCUCAACGCACUGAGUCAACAGCAACAGCAGCACCAGCAGCAACAAGAUAGUAUCCGAUAUCAGCUGUUCGCGCACUCACAGCAAAUAAACCAACAGCAGUUGCUCGCCCAUGCUAAUAGGACGAGGGCGGGCGGCUCACAGAACACCGAUAGGUCUCGGACGAACUCUUUUGAUAAUCUCCCGACGAGUCCUCCAGUACGGCCUGAGCAACUACUCUACGGUUACGCAUUUCCGUUGCAGAACCCCGCCUAUUUCCAUCCGGCACUACAGACAUAUCCGUCCUCCCCUGUGACGGCAGCUGCAACAGCUGGUGGAGGGCCCGAGUAUAGGCGAAGCCUCCAUCGAAAUGCUGCGGCUAGUGAGUCCGGCGCUUCUACUGGUAGCGGUGCGCUCAGGUCUCAAUCCCAACCAGCGUCGAGGACCCCUACGGCCUCUACUCAGAACAUGACGGGCUAUCUCGGGACAAGUCAGCCUUCAGUUGGAAUUCCUAUUCCAUUCCCGCGGAUGGCAAUGCCACAUUACGUGCCAGACGAAGCGAUAGAUUCGGAUAUUGAUCUUGCAUCAGCCAACAGUGUGACCGAUUCCCCGCCCGAGGAAGACGGUUCGCGUUACAACCACUUUUUCAUGCAUGGAGGCUCCAGUCCUGUCGCGAAUGGUACUCACGGCAUCAUACCCUCCCUUGGUGAACUGACGCUCGACAAUGAGACUCGCCACCGACUGUCGAGUGACCAGCUGCCUCAGUCGGUCCUUGACAGAAGAAUGAAGCGUACCUCACGGUCUCCCUCGCCUCUGGGCCACAGUAGGACCCCAUCAGUUGGGAAUAGUUCUGCGCCGUCGGCGCCCGUUUCGCAAACCAAUGGCAAGCUCGCUCCCAGCCGUGGGCCUCUGGUUGUUAAUGGCUCGAUGGGCAAAACCAAACCUGCUUCAAGUGUCUCUCGUCAACCACUACCCGUUGCAGAGCCUCCGGUCCCGGAAGAUGCGACUUAUGAGAAUCCUGUUUACAUCCACCAAGGCUUCUACAAUGGGGGUUGGACCGAGCCGACCAACUUCCAUUUGCCCACUGUCACUGGUCACAACCCUGCUCAGUUCCCGGACCGGCCGGUAAUUGUAAAUAGUACUACAGCUACCCGGUCUCCAGCCUCGUCCAAGAAUAUGGGGGACGCAUCAUUCCAGCAGCGCAUCGCAAUGGCCAACAGUUUCCAUCCUGGCAUUCCAUACGCGCCACUGACCAGCGAUACCACUUCGUCGCCUGGAUUAUCUCCUCCCAAUGGUGAUCGUAUGAGAUCAAUAGCUCGCCAACAGAACGGGAUAGCGCCCCUUGAUCUUGCUGCUGGCAGCUUUGGCGUCUCUCAAGAUUUGCAACAUCUUUCACCGGUUUAUGAGGCGCGAACACCAUCGCCCACCCUCAUGCGAAAGUAUGAAUCCUCGCUAGCUGUUUCCACGCCAACUCUCGAGUCUACAAACGGGUCUCGUUCAGAACGUUCAGAUACCUGGAGAUCAGGACAGAAGACAUCGCCGGUGAAAUCCCCGCCAGCAGGCCCUGCAGCAAAACUCGACUCUGUAACCCGCUCGCCGGUUCUGGAUCAGCGAAGUAAUGGCACUUCCAGGGGCAAUGGGCACUUGCGGAAUGGGAACAAGGGUCAGAGUGAGGGGCUCAGUGACUGGCAAAAGUCUAAGCCUCGCAAGAAGGGCAUGGCUGAUUUGAAACAUGCCGCGAGUACCUUUGCCCAGAGCGAGCAGGUGCCCAAGAAUGACGGAGACCGAAGAGGUGGUUGA